GCUCGCAUCUCGCCGGCCCCUCCCCCGAUCGCCGUGGCCGCUGCGCCGCCGCUGCAGGAUAGCUAACAGCCAGGAGAAACGUAGUGGAAAAUGCAAAACAACGAAAUCAUAAAACCUGCCAAAUACUUCUCAGAAUUGGAAAAGAGCAUCCUGCUGGCUUUAGUAGAAAAGUACAAGUAUGUGCUGGAGUGUAAGAAAAGCGACGCGCGAACUAUUGCCCUCAAGCAGUGUACCUGGCAGGCGCUCGCCCAUGAAUACAACUCGCAGCCCAGCGUGUCGCUGCGGGAUUUCAAACAGCUGAAGAAGUGCUGGGAGAACAUCAAGGCUCGGACCAAAAAGAUUAUGGCUCAUGAAAGGAGAGAGAAAGUGAAACGGAGCGUCAGCCCCCUUCUGAGCACCCACGUCCUGGGGAAGGAGAAGAUCGCCAACAUGCUGCCCGAGCAGCUGUACUUCCUGCAGAGCCCUCCCGAGGAGGAGCCCGAGUACCAUGCUGAUGCCGCCACCCAAGAAUCAUUUGCUGUUUCAAAUAGAGAACUGUGCGAUGAUGAGAAAGAGUUCAUACAUUUCCCAGUAUGUGAGGGGACCUCUCAACCUGAACCCUCGUGUUCAGCUGUCAGAAUAACAGCCAAUAAAAACUACAGGAGCAAAACCUCUCAGGAAGGUGCUUUAAAAAAGUUGCCUGAGGAAGAACACCAUCAACAAAUGUCCAUCUUACAACUGCAGCUGAUACAGAUGAAUGAGGUGCAUGUGGCCAAAAUCCAGCAGCUAGAGCGAGAGUGUGAGAUGGCAGAGGAGGAACACAGGAUAAAAAUGGAAGUUCUCAAUAAAAAGAAGAUGUAUUGGGAAAGAAAACUGCAAACUUUUACCAAGGAAUGGCCUGUUUCCUCAUUUAACCGGCCCUUUCCCAAUUCACCCUAA